GACGACACGAAUAAUUCUAUUGGGUGACUCUUACAAUACAAGGAGAAAAGUGUUGAAAAACUACAACCCCCAGCUUUGACAAACCAUGUGUGUUUGAUAUGUAUUACAGCCUGUCCCGGUGCCAGUGAGAAGGCUUAUUAAUCAAUCUUCAUCAUUGCGUUGAGGCGUUCAUCGGGCCAUUGCGAAAUAGAAAAGAAACAUACAAUGUGAUGGGCGCCCAUGUUACAUUCCCCACCCACUCUGCGCCUGCUCUGUAAAGAAUGCGAAGCAUAUAUAGAUAGCUCAUCAAAACUAGCUUGUCGAGAAAAGUGUCUUUUCAAUACGUAGCAGUAAUGGCGCUAGCCUAGCACACCAGUUGGUGAAUUAUUCAUUAACACAUAGAGCUCAAAUGGUAUGAGUGUAUAUGUGACAUUUGUACCGUGUGUGCCUUAGUCGACCGGCGUUGAAGUGGACGUUUUUGUUUUAGAAAAGACACAAAGAAAUGGUCGACGGCGUCAUACCGGCGCCUUUAUCUUAGCCUGCUAAUGCUAACGGGCUAGCAGUGUGGCUAAAAGGGAACAGGACGGGCUAGUCAGCAGACUGACAGACUGCAGCCAAGAUUCGUUUAAUCUUGAAGCGAUGGACAGUCGUGCAGAAGCAGCCUCCGAGCGAAUUCUGCUGGAGCCCUACAAGUACUUGUUGCAGCUGCCAGGUAAACAGGUGAGAACAAAACUUGCCCAAGCUUUUAACCACUGGCUCAAUGUUCCUGAGGACAAACUGCAGGUGAUCAUUGAGGUGACUGAGAUGCUGCACAACGCCAGCCUGCUCAUAGAUGACAUCGAGGACAGCUCCAAGCUACGGCGGGGCUUCCCUGUGGCCCACAGCAUCUACGGCAUUCCCUCUGUAAUCAACUCAGCCAACUACGUCUACUUCUUGGGCCUGGAGAAGGUGCUGACCCUGGAGCACCCCGAGGCUGUCCAGGUUUUCACCCGGCAGCUGCUGGAGCUGCACCGCGGCCAGGGCCUCGACAUCCACUGGAGGGACACCUACACCUGUCCCACUGAACAGGAGUAUCGCAACAUGGUGCUGCAGAAGACUGGAGGGCUGUUCGGCCUGGCUCUGGGCCUCAUGCAGCUCUUCUCCACUUGGAAACAGGACCUAAAGCCUCUCCUGGACACACUGGGCCUUUUCUUCCAGAUCCGCGACGACUACGCCAACCUGAGCUCCCGCGAGUACAGCGAGAACAAGAGCUUUUGCGAGGACCUGACUGAGGGCAAGUUCUCGUUCCCCACCAUUCACGCCAUAUGGUCGCGUCCGGAAAGCACUCAGGUGCAGAACAUCCUUCGGCAGCGCACGGAGAACAUGGAUAUCAAACGCUACUGUGUGGACUACCUGGAGAAGAUAGGCUCGUUUGCCUACACCCGGCAGACCCUGCGGGACUUGGAGGUGGAGGCCUACCGGCUCAUCAGGGAGUUUGGGGGAAACCCCCAGUUGGAGAGUCUGGUCAAACACCUCAGUCAAAUGCAUCAGGUGGCUGAAGCCACAGCAGAGUCGAGUACUGAGCCCCACUCCAGCCAAAACCACUGACCUCAUUCACCUUCUGCAUCCACACGAUUCACACACCAGUCCGCACACUCCACCGACACAGAAGCUGUGUAAACACACCGAUGCAUUCAUUCACCUCCCUGAAAAGCUCAGCCGGCGCACCGCUAUGUUACAUUUACAGAGUCACGGAGUCACAGUUCAUCACUAAACAUGAACACUUCUGGUCCACAGCUCUGGCUGCAUUCAGGAAUUACGAGACAGCAAAGCAGCUCCAAAUGUUGCCUUUAUCUUUUGUGUGGGAGACGGCAUCCUUCUAGUGUUGCAUCAAUUUUGUAUCCCAGUGUAGCUGCGCAGUCAGUGGAAGGAAUGAAUUAAAAUAGAAACGGCUUUUAGGUUUACAAUUCUGAAAAUGAAAAAUAAUAAAAUGGCAAAAAGCUUAAAAGCCUUCCUUUUGAUGCAUGCCACUGUGCAUAUGAAUCUGCCUGUGUCUGUGUGUCUUUCCACCAAAAUUGAGAAAUUGUUUAUCUCGUCCAGACUGAAUGCUGCUUUCUGAAGUCCCUGUUUAAACUGUGAUGUGGAUGUCUGGAGCGUAUGAUGUGUGAUUGAGGGGGAUCCUUAAUCAUUAAGCCGCCACAGUGCCAAUUCUGUAGAAAAGACCUCUGCAACUCGUGUGUCUACUUGUUACGUAACAUGCAGGCGUUAUAUGCAAAGAGUUCCGGAUACUGUUUAUGCUGGGCCGUAUAUGAGCACCGCGGCGACGCCGUGCAGAUGUUGCCCCCUUCUGUUUCAUAUUCAGCUCGGCUUUUCACAUCUUUGAUAUAUUUAUUAAGGCGAUUCUGUUCUGAUACUUGUAAGCAGAUGCUGUCAAAGUACUACUGAAUAAAAAUCUGUAAAGACGA